CUUCCGCUCCGCAUCAGCCACCCGACUCCAGCCGGUGCGACCCGCCUCGCCCGCCGCGCCCUCCGCGCCACACCCUUCUGCGCCAUGCGCGUCGCCAUCGAGGGCUGCUCGCACGGCGAGCUGGACGCCAUCUACGCCAGCAUCGCCGCGCUCGAUGCGCGCGCCUCGCAGCCGGCAGCGGCUGGCGCCUCGGGCUCUUCUUCCACGGCGGCGGCGGCGCCGGUCACUCGCACGCAGCUGCUGCUGCUCUGCGGCGACGUGCAGGCAGCGCGCAAUGCGGCGGAUCUCUCGUGCAUCGCCAUGCCCGACAAGUACCUGCAGCUCGGCGACUUUGCGCACUACUACAGCGGCGUCAAGGUCGCGCCCAUCCUCACGCUCGUCAUCGGCGGCAACCACGAGGCGAGCAACUACAUGCACGAGCUCUACCACGGCGGCUGGCUUGCGCCCAACAUCUACUACCUCGGCGCCGCAGGCUGUGUGGAAGUAGGUGGCCUGCGCAUCGCCGGCAUUUCGGGCAUCUACAAGUCGCACGACUUUACGCGCGGCCGCUACGAGACGCUGCCGUACGACCGCAGCGCCGUGCGCAGCAUCUAUCACACGCGCGUGUAUGACUCGUGGCGCCUCUCGCUGCUUGCGGAUGCGCAGAGUCGACCGCACGUCGUGAUGAGCCACGACUGGCCGAACACAAUCGAGCAGCACGGCGACACGCAGGCGUUGAUCCGUCGCAAGCCCUUCUUCAAGGACGAGAUCAACACCUCGACGCUGGGCUCGCCGCCAUUGUGGGAGCUCCUGCGUGGUCUGGCGCCCGAUUACUGGUUUUCGGCGCAUCUGCAUGUCCGCUUCGCCGCGCUGUACAAGCACGACGGCAGCGUCACGACUGUGGCGUCUGCACAGGGCAAGCAGUCUGGCGGGCCUAGCAACAACGCUGCGGCCUCGUCGUCUGCGCUUCCGCCUGCUGAGGAGGCGGCAGCGCCUCGUGCGCGCACUUGGGGCGGCGUGCCGGUCGUGCUGGAUGCUGGCGCGCAUGACGCCGAGGGCGUCCCGGACGAGAGCGUCGAGGCCGAAGCGAACCCGGACGAGAUCGAGAUUGAGAUGUCGCCGAGUCCUCAGCCGGAGGCCGCGCUGGCACCAGAUGCUGCCGUGGAAGCUGCCUCCGCAGUGAAGGACGACAUGGACGAGGAUCCGCCGCACGCAGUUGCGUCGGGCAGCGACGCGGCGAUGCCUCUUGAUGCUACGCGCCAGGACGGCGAGACGCGCUUCUUGGCGCUGAGCAAGUGCAUGGUGGGCCAGGACUUCCUGCAGAUUCUGGACAUCCCGGCGCCAUUCGACAACGAUGACUCGUACGCUUUGCCACUGCCGCCUGCCCCUGUCGCUGCUGCUGGCGAGCCACUGGCAGAGGGCAUGGAGCCCGCAGCCGAGGCGGCCGUUGAUGGCGCGGGCCCAAGCAAUCCGGCUCCUUCGCCACCGCGGCUCCCGACGUUCCGCCACGUCGCACACUGGCUCGCCGUCACGCGCGCCACGCACUCGUACCUCAGCCUGACGCGCCAUCAGCCGGCCAUGCCGGCCGCGGGCAGCGCGCAGAUGCGGGAGAUGGUGCAGGCCGAGGAGACGUGGGUGCAGCAGAACCUCUCAUCACGCGUGCGUGGCGAAGGCGAGGUCCCGCCGGGCGCCGACGUGCAUCCGCUCGCGAUCGCGGGCGUGCAAGCCUUCGUGCACACCGCGCCGCCAGUCACUGUUCCGGAGGGCUCAGCGCCCGGACCACCGCCAUACUACACCAACCCGCAGACCGAGGCGCUCUGCGCAUGGCUGCAGAUUCCCAACCGCAUCAACGCGCCGCCGCCUAUGCCAGGCGCGCCGAGCAGCGCCUCUGCGCCCGGACUGAAGCGCGGUCCUCCGUCCGGCUCCUUCCCGGGCGUUGCAGGGCUGCCGCAGAAGCCGGCGCCAGCGAGCGAAGAGGAGGAGAUCAGACGCAUCCAGAUGGCGGCCAAGGAGGCCAUGAGCCGCAAGCGCAGCAAGACGGAGGACGGCAACGCUGCGCUGUCGGCGACAGAGGAGCGCCCGCCAGUCAUGACGCUCGAUGAAGAUGAUGGCAUCGAUGCUCGCUGGAAAGAAGGCUCGGGAUAAGCGCUCGGCCUCCUUGACUUAUCUCUUGGCGCGACCCUGCGCGCUGCGAGUCUGCUGUAACCCUCCUGUAACGCAAUGUCUCCCUCUAAUGAUCAUCAGCCGCUUCGCUAUUCUCUCC